AAUGAAAUAAUUUUUCUAUAAAAAAAAUGGAUUAGACUAAGGUAAGUAUCCUUUUUGUUUUUUUGUUUCUUCUUUGGAUCAUAACCAAAUAAAAACUUCUCGAAUUAUCAGAAUCCGCAGUACAAUCCUCGGUUAUUCAACUUAGAUGAAAUAUUUAUUAUAGUUCCGUUCGUUGUUAUACUACGAAAUUCGAAUGAAAUCGAAUCUGAUUUUAAUAUUUCAUAUCUCUCCUUGUCCAAUCCAAACAAAAGGUCAACAUCUUUUUUUAUAAUUAGCCUGUUUUUAUUUUAUGUUAUUUCGUACCGUACAAUUCCUUUAGUUUGCGGGAUCAUUUUCCCCUUACCCUAAGGGUAAUGAAAAGAAUUAUAGAAUGGAUUGUUAAUUAUGCCAAGAUCUCAGAUAAAUGCAAAUUUUAUUGAUAAGACCUCUUCAAUUGUGGCCAAUAUCUUAUUACGAAUAAUUCCGACAACUUCCGGAGAAAAAAAGGCAUUUACCUAUUACAGAGAUGGGAUGUUGGCUCAAUCCGAAGGAAAUUAUGCAGAAGCUUUACAAAAUUAUUAUGAAGCUACGCGACCAGAAAUUGAUCCCUAUGAUCGAAGUUAUAUACUCUAUAACAUAGGACUUAUACACACAAGCAACGGAGAGCAUACAAGGGCUUUGGAAUAUUAUUUCCGGGCACUGGAACGAAAUCCAUUCUUACCACAAGCUUUUAAUAAUAUGGCCGUGAUCUGUCAUUACCGGGGAGAACAGGCCAUUCUACAAGGUGAUUCUGAAAUUGCAGAGGCUUGGUCCGAUCAAGCUGCUGAGUAUUGGAAACAAGCUAUAGCGCUUAGUCCGGGUAAUUAUAUUGAAGCACAAAAUUGGUUGAAGAUCACGAGGCGUUUUGAAUAAGACCACUCCCCUUUUUAAUUCAUUAAAAUUAGUUGUUGGAUCCAUCAAUCAAAUAAAAUAGAUCGUGUUCCCAUGAAAAGAUCCAACCAAGAGUUUCAUUAUAUCCUUUCUUUAUAAAAUCAUUGUAUGGUA